UGUGUGUGUGUGGGGGUGGCGCCAAUUCUGGGUCUAAGAAACAAGGAAAAAAGGGGCCAAAAUAUGCCAAAUUUGCUAGAUGAAUAAUAACCCCCCCAAAAAAAAAAAAAAAGAAUUAAAAAAAAAGUGAGUUUCAACUUUUGGGACAUUCUUAGAUGAACCAAAUCUCACUGACCCUCCAAAGCUUUCGCCACCUUUUGAAAACAUGCAUAGCCCACAGAGACCUUUUCACUGGGAAGUCCCUCCAUGCACUCUACCUCAAGUCCCUUGUUCCUCCCUCCACCUACCUCUCCAACCAUUUCAUCAUCCUUUACUCCAAGUGCUCUUGCCUCUCUUGGGCUCGGAGUGCUUUUGAUCACACCCCAUAUCCCAAUGUCUUCUCCUUCAAUGCUAUCAUCUCUGCAUAUGCCAAGGAAUCUCUUAACCACAUUGCGCGCCAACUGUUUGAUCAAAUUCCUCAACCGGACUUGGUGUCUUAUAACACUCUCAUUUCUGCUUAUGCCGAUCGUGGUGAGAUUGUACCUGCUUUGAGCUUGUUUCUGAGGAUGAGAGACGAGCGUCUUGACAUGGAUGGCUUUACUUUAUCUGCUGCAAUAACAGCUUGCAGUAGUGAUGUUGGUUUGAUUAAGCAGUUGCAUUCGCUGGUGGUCUUAAAUGGGUUUGAUUCCUAUGUAUCCGUGAACAAUGCACUCUUAACGUAUUACAGUAAAAAUGGGUUUUUAGAGGAGGCCAAACGGUUGUUCUGUGUGAUGGGUGAGGUGAGGGAUGAGGUGUCAUGGAAUUCGAUGAUUGUGGCUUAUGGGCAGCACCGGAAAGGGUUGAAAGCACUAGAUUUGUUUCAGGAAAUGGGUAGAAGGGGUUUGAAUGUUGACAUGUUUACUUUGGCUAGUGUUUUAACUGCAUUUACAUGUGUGGAGGAUUUGUUGGGUGGGCUUCAAUUUCAUGCCAAGUUAAUUAAAACAGGGUUCCACCAGAAUUCUCAUGUUGGUAGUGGUUUGAUUGAUUUAUAUUCAAAGUGUGCAGGUGGUAUGUCAGACUGUCAGAAGAUUUUUGAAGAGAUUCCGGAGCCAGAUUUGGUUAUUUGGAACACCAUGAUUUCUGGGUAUUCUCAGAAGGAGGAAUUUUCUGAAGCCGCUCUUGAUUGCUUUCAGCAGAUGCAGCAUGUCGGUCAUCGCCCUGAUGAUUGCAGCUUUGUCUGUGUGAUUAGUGCAUGCUCCAAUUUGUCAUCUCCCUCUCAGGGGAAACAGAUUCAUUCAUUAACAAUCAAAUCUGAUAUCCCAUCAAAUGAAAUUUCAGUGAAUAAUGCUCUGGUUGCAAUGUACUCAAAGUGUGGGAAUCUUCAGGAUGCAAGAAGAUUAUUUGAUAGGAUGCCAGAGCAUAAUACCGUCUCUUUAAAUUCACUCAUUGCAGGUUAUGCACAACAUGGGCUUGGGAUGGAAGCACUGGGUCUUUUUGAGUGGAUGCUUAAGUCAAACAUUGUACCCACAAGCAUAACAUUUAUCUCUGUCCUUUCUGCUUGUGCUCAUACUGGAAAAGUUAAGGAGGGUCAAGAUUAUUUCCGUAUGAUGAAGGAGAAGUUUGGGAUAGAACCAGAAGCUGAACAUUAUUCAUGCAUGAUUGAUCUGUUGGGUCGAGCAGGAAAACUUGGUGAAGCUGAGAGGCUUAUUGAGACAAUGCCAUUUAGCCCUGGUUCCAUUGGUUGGGCUGCAUUACUUGGUGCCUGUAGAACUCAUGGAAAUAUGGAGCUGGCUGAGAAGGCUGCCAAGCAGUUUCUUCAGCUUGAACCUUCAAAUGCUGCUCCAUAUGUCAUGCUUGCAAAUAUGUAUGCUAGCGCUGGCAAAUGGGAACAAGUAGCUACAGUAAGAAAGCUUAUGAGAGACAGAGGCGUGAAGAAAAAACCAGGUUGUAGUUGGAUUGAGGUGAAUAAGAGGACACAUAUUUUCGUGGCCGAAGAUAGUUCUCACCCAAUGAUAAAGGAAAUUUAUGAAUACUUGGAGGAGAUGUCAAUGAAGAUUAAGCAAGCUGGGUAUGCGCCAGAUGUUAGAUGGGCUUUGGUGAAAGAAGAUGGACUUGAAUAUAUGCUAGGAGAGAAGGAGAUACGAUUAGGACAUCAUAGUGAGAAGCUUGCUGUUGCAUUUGGGCUUAUGUCAACGAAAGAGGGAGAGCCUAUUCUUGUGGUGAAGAAUCUAAGGAUAUGUGGAGAUUGUCACAAUGCAAUCAAAUUUAUCUCUGCAAUUGCUAGGAGGGAAAUCACUGUGAGAGACACUCGCAGGUUCCACUGCUUUAAGGAUGGGCAAUGUUCUUGUGGGGAUUAUUGGUGAUAAUUAAGUUUGUUUAAGCUUCUCCAGCUCAUUUUAGUCAGAUAAAAAUCUGGUCUUCGCAACAUGAGAUCUAUGACUUGAACUGUUGGAUACCAUGUUAAACUCCCCGGAAUUCAGAAUCAAUCGCUUCCAUGAUUAAGAAAGCAAUAGCUUUUGAUCCAGUAUCAGCAGCUGAAGCUCAGUGUCUUUAUUUACCUGAACCCUCAGUUAAGCUUUGGUCUGCAAUACUGUGCUCUCAGGUGAACAAUUACCUGCCCUCCAUGAUGUGUCCAGUUAUCACUGAGGAAGCAGCCGCCCUGAGCACUUCCAUCAAUCAUUGUAGCAGGACAUAUGGUGGUGAGGCUGAGGCAGUGAAUCAAGAAUCGGUUGGGGACAUGCUGACGGUAACUGUAUACAUCAGUGAAUCAAGAAUCGGUUGGGGACAUGCUGACAGUGACUGUAUACAUCAUCAGGAAACUAAUUAUGCUCAAGCCCAGUUACUGAUUCUAUAGUUUCCUACCACAAGACUUGUUCUUCCACUGGUACCGGUGAUACUGGUUUAGUUGUGUGAAAAAUCAAGUGGAAUAUCAACAGCCCUUAGCACAGGCCAAAUCAUGGUGUAGACAUGUUUACGUUAGUUUUGUUGAAUUCUAAUAGAUUGGAAGAUAAAAUUUACCAAUCUCAAUUUUAUUUACCUUCAAUUCUACAAGUAAACCAAAAUAAACAUUAGUAUUUUCUGGAAUAAAACAGAUUGUUUAUACAUGGAAGUAUUGACUUGUUAAAAAUGUAACCGAGUAAUAGAUGUCACAGUUAGUUUGUGGUGUCUUACA